AUGGCGGCCAAAAAGGUGGAUGCUAUGGAGGAAAGGCUUGAAGGAGAGGUGAAUCAAAUCAAAAUGACGGUGAAGGAAAGAAUUUCCUCCAUGGAAGGACAAGUCACCGAUCUCCGGGACAUGAUAAAGAAGAUGUUAGAAAUUCAAAAUCAAACAGCAGCUUCCGUGGAAAAAGGAGGGGAAGGAAAAAGUCGUCGACUAACUGAGAGUGAGAUUGGUGGAUAUCAGCUGUUACGGGAUGAUGAUGGGUACGAGAAAGGUGGAGAAAGGUCAGGGGAUUUGCAGAGGAGUGCGACUGACGAUCCAGGGGAUACAAUUGGCAGGUGGAGGGUAUUUGGUGGAGCUGCACAGUUUGGAGGGAGCGAGAUUGGAGGAGGGAGGAGAUAUACCCCUAUCCAUUUAGCCGUUGAUUCAGCAGUUCCAAGAGUUGUUUCAGCCACCUCAGGGAUUGCCACCGCAGAGGGAGUAGGAGCAUCCAUCGUGUUGAAGGAGGGAGUGUCGCCCAUUAGUGUGCGACCAUCUCACUACCCUCAGUUCCAGAAGGAUGAAAUCGAAAGAGCACUCAACAAGGAAAAUGUACCUGACAAGUUUUCUAUACCAGUCAUUGGCGAGCUGUUAGAUGAAUUGAGUGGGACAGUGAUCUUCAGCAAGAUAGACUUGAAAUCAUGUUACCAUCAGAUACGGAUAAAGGAGGAUGUACCCAAGAUGAUCUUUAGAACUCAUGAAGGACAUUAUGAGUUCCUGAAUCCUGCAGGAGAGGAGGAGCACUGGGAGCAUUUGAAAAGGGUGUUAGAGGUACUGCAGGAGCACCAGCUGAGGGCUAAUUUGAAGAAAUGCUAUUUUGCACAAGCCAGUAUAGAGUACUUGGGCCAUGUGGUAUCAAAAGAAGGGGUAGCAGUAGAUCAGUCCAAAAUUGAGCAAUGCUAA